AUUAGGCCGGAAGAUGCGAAGGUGGCUAGUAUAAGGGACUGGCCACGACCUCAGACUAUUACUGAGGUCAGAUCUUUCUUAGGAAUGUGCAGUUACUAUAGGAACUUCGUGAAGAAUUACUCUACAAUCGCCUCUCCUUUAACUGAUCUCACUAGACUUGACACACCGUGGGAGUGGAGUGAUGAGUGUGAGGCUGCUUUCAAGCGAUUGAAGCAUGCCCUCAUGAAUCAUGAGGUUCUCAUGGUGCUCGAUCCUCAGAAUCCUUUCAUUGUGACCACUGACGCAAGCCAAUACGGCAUUGGCGCAGUGCUGGCUCAGCAGGAUGGGAAGAAGUUGAGACCGAUUGAGUAUAUGAGCAAGAAAAUGCCAUCAAAGAAACUGGCAAAGUCCACCUACGAAAGGGAACUCUAUGCCCUCUACAAGGCACUUGUCCAUUGGAGACACUUUCUGUUGGGGCGGUUUUUCUAUUUGAGAACUGACCAUCAGACCCUCAAAUGGAUCAAGACUCAACCUGCUCUUUCUGAUGCACUCAAGCGCUGGAUUGAGGUCAUAGAUCAGUAUGACUUCAAGCUGGAGUAUCUGAAGGGAGAGUACAACAAGGUUGCUGAUGCGUUGUCGCGUAGGGCAGACUACCUAGGGGCGCUAGUUUCCGAAUUUGGUGUAUCUGAAGAAGUAACUCAAUCGCUGGUGGGAGCCUAUCAGGAAGACCCUGUCACAAUGGACAUCAUACGCAAACUGCAGGCGAAAGAUAAGGCCACAGAAGAUGAGUUUGUGAUGGUGGACGGGCUCCUCUUUCUUGAAAAGGCCGGGUUCAAAAGGAGUGGGAAGAGGCACAUCUUCGUCAUAGUUGAUAGGUUUACAAAGUAUGUCACACUAAUAGCCAUGCCGGAAACAGCAAGGACUGAGCACGUCAUCAAGUUGUUUAUGGACAACUGGGUGCGUGACUUUGGGCUGCCUAAGACUAUCGUUAGUGAUAGAGAUGUCCGCUUUACAAGUGAGCUGUGGAAGAAGACUGCUGAACAGAUGGGCAGUCAGCUUCAGAUGACUUCAGGGAAUCAUCCCGAAGCCAACGGACAGGCUGAACAUAUGAACCGGGUUGUGCAGCAUCUGCUGAGGCAUUACAUAAAGCCCAACCAGGACGACUGGGAUGAGAAAUUGCCUCUCAUCGCCAGCGUGCACAACAACGCCGUGCACAGCACUACUGGCGUCAGUCCAAAUCAGAUGCACUUGGGAUGGAAGCCUAGAUCUGCUCUAGACUUCCUCCUGCCAGAAAACCGACCUGCUGCAACCCCCGGAACCAUGGAAUAUGGUGUCCAGUAUGAGAAGUUGCUGCAGCAAGCUGUCAAGCACAUCAAGAAAUCUCAGGAAGCAAUGAUUGCUUUUGAGAACAAACAUCGUCAACAGUCCACAUUUCAGGUAGGGGAACGUGUCUGGGUAAAGGCUAGUGAGCUAGGACAGGAGUUCGACAUCUCUAGAAAACUAAUGCCACAGUAUUUUGGUCCUUGGGAAGUAUUGGAUGUAGUAGGUACUGAUUUGGAUGGUCCCUCAUACGUUAUCCGAAUCCCUGGACACCUGCGCACUUACCGUGUCUUUCAUGCCUCAAAGCUUGCAUCUUUCGCUGAGACAGAUCAAUUUCCUUCAAGGAGAUCAAUGCUGCCCCCGACCAUGGAUGGCCACGUCGACAUCGACGACAUUGUGGAUAACAGAGACAUGCCUGUUCCAAAGCCACUGGCUCGAGGGAGACCUCCAAAACCCAAGAGAGAGUAUCGUGUCAGAUUCAGGCAUCAUACGGAUCCGAAAGAAGAUCGGUGGUUCACCAGAGAGGAACUGAUUGACACAGCUCCUCAAGUGGUAGCAGAAUAUGAAAGGAUGUUAAAGGGGAAGGCACCUGCGAAAUUGUAUUACAACCGUGAUGAUGACGAUGGCUACCCUUACCAUGAUGAUGACCGAAGCAGAGUAAUACGUAUUAAUUAAUUAGAAAAAAAAAAGAAAAACAGGUCGAUUGCUAUACAUAA